GCUCAAGUGAUCCUCUUGCCUUGUCUUCCCAAAGUGCUGGGAUUACAGGCCUGAGCCACCAUGCCCAGACUCCAAUCAAUCUUCUAUUGAUGAACAUUAUCACAAAUAUGAUUUUUUCUUAUAGUUGACUUUGCUAUUAAAUGUGAAAUUGAGGCCAGGUAUGAUAGCUCAUGCCUGUAAUCCCACCACUUUGGGAGGCCGAGGCAGGGGAAUCACUUGAGGUCAGGAGUUUGAGACCAGCCUGGCCAACAUGGUGAAACCCUGUUUCUACUAAAAAUACAAAAAAAUUACCUGGGUGUGGUGGCAGAUGCCUGGAAUCCCAACUACUCGGGAGGCUGAGGCAGGAGAAUUGCUUGAACCCAGGAGGCAGAGGUUGCAGUGAGCUGAGAUCGUGCCACUGCACUCCAGCCUGGGCAACAAGAGCAAAACUCUACCUCAAAAAAAAAAAAAAGUGAAAUUGAAAAAAUAAGAUAAAGACAAAAAACAAAAGAAAACCACUGCUUAUAGGUGAUGGGGAACCAGUAAAGGACUUUAAGCAGAACACUGAUGCGAUGGGAUUUGUGUUUUAGAAAACUUACCCUGUCCUCUGUGCAGGAGGUGGACAGGAUUAGAGAAGCUGGUGGGGAUGGGACCCAUGGAGAGAUGGUCUCCUGAGCAUUAGAGUGAAGAGAAGGAAGACUAGACUGAGGCAAUGGCAGAGGGAUGCUGCGGGAAGGGUUGGCAGAUGGCUCUACCCUUGCACUGAUGUAUCUCCCACACCUCCUUCUCACAGACCCCCAUUCCCCCAGAGCCAGAAGGAAAGACCCAGGUUGGAGAAUGGGUCUGCUCGGCAUUAGGAUUCUGGGAAUUGGACAGAUUGGACAACUAUAACGACACCUCCCUGGUGGAAAAUCAUCUCUGCCCUGCCACAGAGGGGCCCCUCAUGGCCUCCUUCAAGGCCGUGUUCGUGCCCGUGGCCUACAGCCUCAUCUUCCUCCUGGGCGUGAUCGGCAACAUCCUGGUGCUGGUGAUCCUGGAGCGGCACCGGCAGACACGCAGCUCCACGGAGACCUUCCUGUUCCACCUGGCCGUGGCCGACCUCCUGCUGGUCUUCAUCUUGCCCUUUGCUGUGGCCGAGGGCUCUGUGGGCUGGGUCCUGGGGACCUUCCUCUGCAAAACUGUGAUUGCCCUGCACAAAGUCAACUUCUACUGCAGCAGCCUGCUCCUGGCCUGCAUCGCGGUGGACCGCUACCUGGCCAUUGUCCAUGCUGUCCAUGCCUACCGCCACCGCCGCCUCCUCUCCAUCCACAUCACCUGUGGGACGAUCUGGCUGGUGGGCUUCCUGUUUGCCUUGCCAGAGAUUCUCUUCGCCAAAGUCAGCCAAGGCCAUCACAACAACUCCCUGCCACGUUGCACCUUCUCCCAAGAGAACCAAGCCGAAACGCAUGCCUGGUUCACCUCCCGAUUCCUCUACCAUGUGGCGGGAUUCCUGCUGCCCAUGCUGGUGAUGGGCUGGUGCUAUGUGGGGGUAGUGCACAGGUUGCGCCAGGCCCAGCGGCGCCCUCAGCGGCAGAAGGCAGUCAGGGUGGCCAUCCUGGUGACAAGCAUCUUCUUCCUCUGCUGGUCACCCUACCACAUCGUCAUCUUCCUGGACACCCUGGCGAGGCUGAAGGCCUUGGACAAUACCUGCAAGCUGAAUGGCUCUCUCCCCGUGGCCAUUACCAUGUGUGAGUUCCUGGGCCUGGCCCACUGCUGCCUCAACCCCAUGCUCUACACUUUCGCCGGCGUGAAGUUCCGCAGUGACCUGUCGCGGCUCCUGACCAAGCUGGGCUGUACUGGCCCUGCCUCCCUGUGCCAGCUCUUCCCUAGCUGGCGCAGGAGCAGUCUCUCUGAGUCAGAGAAUGCCACCUCUCUCACCACGUUCUAGGUCCCAGUGUCCCCCUUUAUUGCUGCUUUUCCUUGGGGCACGCAGUGAUGCUGGAUGCUCCUUCCAACAGGAGCUGGAAUACUAAGGGCUCACCGUGGCUAAGAGUGCCCUAGGAGUAUCCUCAGCUGGGGUAGCUAGAGGAACCAAUCCUCAUUUCUAGAACAUCCCUGCCAGCUCUUCUGCCGGCCCUGGGGCUAGGCUGGAGCCCAGGGAGCGGAAAGCAGCUCAAAGGCACAGUGAAGGCUGUCCCUACCCAUCCGCACCCCCCUGGGCUGAGAGAACCUCACGCACCUCCCAUCCUAAUCAUCCAAUGCUCAAGAAACAACUUCUACUUCUGCCCUUGCCAAUGGAGAGUGCCUGCCCCUCCCAGAACACACUCCAUCAGCUUAGGGGCUGCUGACCUCCACAGCUUCCCCUCUAUCCUCCUGCCCACCUGUCAAACAGAGCCAGAAGCUGAACACCAGGGGAUGAGUGGAGGUUAAGGCUGAGGAAAGGCCAGCUGGCAGCAGAGUGUGGCCUUCAGACAACUCAGUCCCUACAAACACAGACAUUCUGCCAGGCCCCCAAGCCUGCAGUCAUCUUGACCAAGCAGGAAGCUCAGACUGGUUGAGUUCAGGUAGCUGCCCCUGGCUCUGACCGAAACAGCACUGGGUCCACCCCAUGUCACCGGAUCCUGGGUGGUCUGCAGGCAGGGCCGACUCUAGGUGCCCUUGGAGGCCAGCCAGUGACCUGAGGAAGCGUGAAGGCCAAGAAGCAAGAAAGAAACCCGACAGAGGAAAGAAAAGAGCUUUCUUCCAGAACCCCGAGGAGGGAGACGGAUCAAUCAAACCCGGCGGUCCCCUCCACCAGGCGAGAUGGGGUGGGGUGAAGAACUCCUAGGGUGGCUGGGUCCAGGGGAUGGGAGGUUGUGGGCAUUGAUGGGGAAGGAGGCUGGCUUUGUCCCCUCCUCACUCCCUUCCCAUAAGCUACAGACCCGAUGAAACUCAGAGUCGGAACGGAGAAAGGUGGACUGGAAGGGGCCCGUGGGAGUCUUCUCAACCAUCCCCUCCGUGGCAUCACCUUAGGCAGGGAAGUGUAAGAAACACACUGAGGCAGGGAAGUCCCCAGGCCCCAGGAAGCCGUGCCCUGCCCCUGUGAGGAUGUCACUCAGAUGGAACCGCAGGAAGCUGCUCCGUGCUUGUUUGCUCACCUUGGGUGUGGGAGGCCCCUCCGGCAGUUCUGGGCGCUCCCUCCCACCUCCCCAGCCUUUGACUGGGUGGGGAGUCAGGGAACCCUGCCCUUGUCCCACUCAAGCCAAGCAGCCAAGCUCCCUGGGAGGCCCCACUGGGGAAAUAACAGCUGUGGCUCAGGGGAGAGUGUCCUCAGGGCAGAACAGCAAGGAAGCCCUAAGACGCCCAUUUUUUCUCUGAGUAUCUCCUCGCAAGCUGGGUAAUCGAUGGGGGAGUCUGAAGCAGACGCAAAGAGGCAAGAGGCUGGAUUUUGAAUUUUCUUUUUAAUAAAAAGGCACCUAUAAAACAGGUCAAUACAGUACAGGCAGCACAGAGACCCCCGGAACAAGCCUAAAAAUUGUUUCAAAAUAAAAACCAAGAAGAUGUCUUCACAUAUUGUA